AAACUACUUCACUCUUAUGCCCUCCUUUCUCACUCCCCCACCUGCUUCAUCUUCCUCCCUCUUCACCCCUAUUCCACGUAUUCUCUGGGCGCUCCAUCUUUCUCCUUUUUCUUAGUUUAACUUCCAUCCUCUCUCGGAUUCAACAAGCAACAAAUGGCGUUCCUGAAGCUGGGAUCAAAGUCCGAAUCUUUCCGCCUGGAAGGCCAAUCUUGGAUCUGCACAUCAGGACUUCCAAGCGAUGUUAUCAUUGAAGUAGGCGAGAUGUCCUUUUAUCUCCACAAGUUCCCAUUGCUUUCUAGAAGUGGGCUACUAAAAAGACUCAUUGCCGAGUUCCCAAACGACGAUGGAUCAACUUGCGUUAUGCAGCUUCACGAUGUGCCUGGCGGAGCUAAGACAUUCGAGCUCGUAACCAAGUUUUGCUACGGUGUUAAAAUAGAAAUCACGGCAUUAAAUGUAGUCAGCCUCAGAUGUGCGGCAGAAUACCUCCAAAUGACUGAAAAUUAUGGUGAAGGGAAUCUCAUAUCACAGACAGAGGCUUUACUUGAUGAAGUUUUCAGUAAUUGGCCAGACUCCAUAAAAGCUCUUGAAACAUGUGAAGAAGUCCAAUCGUAUGCAGAAGAGCUGCACAUUGUUUCAAGAUGCAUUGAUUCUUUGGCUAUGAAGGCUUGUUCAGAUCCCAACUUAUUCAAUUGGCCCAUGGCAGCACGUAAUAGCACACAGAGUCCGGAAGCAGCUAUGUUAUGGAAUGGCAUUUCUUCUGAGAUUAAACCCCCGUCUUUAGGUGAAAAUUGGUGGUAUGAGGAUGUGUCCUUCUUAAGCCUAUCUCUAUAUAAAAGACUAAUUUUAGCCAUUGAAUCAAAAGGUAUGAAACCUGAGAAUAUUGCUGGAUCUCUGAUAUAUUAUGUUAGGAGGUUUCUCCCGUUGAUGAAUAGGCAAUCAAGCUUCAACGAUGCAAAUCAUCUCAACCCAGGGACAACCAUUUCUACUACUUCUGAAGCAGAUCAAAGGGCUCUACUGGAAGAAAUUGUGAACUUGCUUCCUAAUAAGCGAGGGGUCACAUCCUCCAAGAGUCUGCUUAGGCUGCUUCGUACAGCAAUGAUAUUGCAUGCAAGUCCAUCAUGCAGAGAACUUUUGGAGAAAAGGGUUGGAUAUCAACUAGAUCAGGCUAUGCUCGUGGAUCUUCUCAUUCCAAACAUGGGAUACUCAGUUGAGACUCUCUAUGACGUAGAUUGCAUUCAGAGGGUUCUUGAUAAUUUUUUGUCAGUAUACCAGCCUGCAUCUGUAUCAGCUUCUCCAUGCAUAAUUGAAGAGGGGCCAUUGAUUGGCGAGACUGAUACACUGACACCUAUGACAAUGGUGGCAAAUUUGGUGGAUGGAUAUCUUGCUGAGGUGGCCCCAGAUGUUAAUUUGAAGUUGCCCAAGUUUCAGGCACUUGCUGCUGCAAUUCCAGAUUAUGCCAGGCCACUUGGAGAUGGUUUAUAUCAUGCAAUUGACGUAUACCUCAAGGCACAUCCUUGGCUGACAGAUUCUGAAAGGGAGCAAAUUUGCAGACUAAUGAACUGCCAGAAACUCUCCUUGGAAGCAAGCACCCAUGCGGCGCAAAAUGAAAGGCUGCCACUAAGAGUAGUUGUGCAAGUUCUAUUUUUUGAACAGCUUCGUCUCCGCACAUCAAUUUCUGGCUGGUUCUUUGUUUCAGACAAUCUUGAGAAUUCACAAACCACCAAUGGGGGCCUUGGCCUCCCCAAGAGUAAUGGCCCUGCACUGGAUGCUGAAAACAUGAGAGAACGGGUUUCAGAGCUUGAGAAGGAAUGCUCAAGCAUCAAGAAUGAGCUUCAGAAAUUAGCAAAGACGAAAAAAAGUUGGAGCCUUUUCCCAAAAAGAUUAGGCUUUAGAAGAAAGCCUGAGUGCUGCAAUCCAAAAGAAGCGAACGAAUGUGAUGCUACGGGACCGGAAUCAUCUAUGAAUGGAAAAAUAAAUGGUGAAAAUAGUUAAGGGAGUUCACUGAAUUUCAUAGCUCAAAUUGAUGUAUUCUAACGACUUCCGUAACCCAUGAGCGCAAAAGGGAGAGUAUUAAUUGUGAAUUUAAGA